AGCUUCAGCAUCUCAAGGAUCUGCCCUCCUAAGAGUCGCUGCAUCUGUAUUUCAGGAGGUUCCAUCCCUCAAAAGAAUGAGGGACAAUUUUUUGGGUUCACGAACUGUUUCUUUCCACCACGCGCCUAUCUUCGGUCUCAUAUGUGGACUUCUCGGUUUCGACAGCAGUGUCUCUCAGCGGAUGUACAUGUUCAUGACAAUGAGAGAUGUUAUAUCUGCAGCAACCCGGUUGAAUUUGAUAGGACCUCUUGGUGCAUCGUCGUUGCAGCACCAACUUGCCCCUAUCGCCGAAGAAUUGAUAAAGAAAUGGAGGGACCGUCCAGUCGAGGAAGCAUGCCAGGGUAUGGCUUGCUCGCCGUCGUCGUCAUGGUGUCGUUGCUGGCCGGCUCCGGCGCCGACGCACAGCUGUGGCCGGAGUUCUAUGCGACGAGCUGCCCCAAGCUGCAGGGCGUCGUUAGAUCUGUGAUGGCGCAGGCGGUGAGGCGGGAUCCUCGCAUGGGCGCCUCCAUCCUCCGCCUCUUCUUUCACGACUGCUUUGUCAACGGAUGUGAUGCUUCCGUCCUCCUCGACGACACUCCGACGAUGGCCGGCGAAAAAAACUCCGGAGGCAACGCCAACUCCCUCCUGGGCUACGAAGUCAUCGACGCGAUCAAGGCCCGCGUCGAGGCCACCUGUCGCUCCACCGUCUCCUGCGCCGACAUCCUCGCGCUCGCCGCCCGCGACGCCGUCAAUCUGCUGGGAGGGCCGACGUGGCCGGUGCCGCUCGGGCGGCGGGACGCGAGGUGGGCGAGCAUGGCCGCGGCCAACGCGAACCUGCCCCCCGCCUCCGCCGGCAUCGACGACCUCGUCGCGCGGUUCGCCGCCAAGGGCCUGAGCCUGCGCGACCUCACGGCGCUCUCCGGCGCCCACACAGUCGGCGCAGCCAAGUGCAGCAAGUUCCGGCGCCACGUCUACAACGACAGCAACGUGGACCCCGCGUUCGCCAUGUUCCGCCGGAGGAUCUGCCCGGCAGCCGGCGGAGACGCCCGGCUGGCGCCUCUGGACUCGACGAGCCCGAACCGGUUCGACGUGAGCUACUAUCGGGAUCUGAUGGCGCGGCGGGGGCUGCUGCACUCUGACCAGGAGCUGUUCAAUAACGGGCCGGCGGACGAGCUGGUGAGGCUUUACGGCGCCAACGGAAAUGCCUUCGACCGGGACUUUGCGGCGGCGAUGGUGAAGAUGGGCGGAAUCAGCCCCUUGACUGGCGGCGCAGGGGAGAUCAGAAUAAACUGCAGGAAAUCCAACUGAUGGAUUGGUUGAUUAAUUAAUGUUUCUAUAUAUUAAAAUCAUUAAUAGUAUGAUAUUCCAUGAUUAAAUAUCGACAAUAAUCAAGUGGCCCUAUAGAGUUGGUCUACGGGUAUAAAAGAAGGUAAAUUUAAGUA